CGCCAUCACUGUUCCAGUCUCCGCGAAAAUGGCCGCGAUCGGACGUUUAUCCCAGAAGCUCCUCAAGUCAGCCUCGCUGACUCAAAGCCGUCAGCUCUCGGCUGUAGCAGGUCACAGCGAACAAGCAGCCAAGACCUGGAAAAUCCUGACGUUUGUGGUGGCUCUGCCCGGAGUCGCGGUGUGCAUGUUGAACAUGUACCUCAGGUCCCAACACGAACAUGAACAGCCGGAGUUCGUUCCCUACACCCACCUGCGCAUCCGCAGCAAGCGUUUCCCAUGGGGUGACGGCAACAAGUCGCUAUUUCACAACCCCCACAUCAACGCCCUCCCUGACGGCUACGAGCAUCACGAUGAGUGAAGGGUGUUAGAAGCUCUCCCAGAACUCUCCUACAGGGACCAGAGGGCCCUCUCUACCCCCUCUCUCAUCCCUGGACAUCUGCCCAGGCCUGGACCACUCCUCAGUUUCUUUCAGUUUACAUGACGUCUUUCCAGUUUGUUGAUCUUACCUCUGUGCUUUCCACACCUAGUGGAAGCACCGUAUGAAAGCAGUUACAUUCACUCAAUUGACCAUUGCAUCACUUUGUCUGCUUAAACUGAAAAAAUAAAAAUAUAUUAAUUAAAAUGA